CGACGGGUGUGGGGCAAGGGUGUCAAGCACCACCCCGUUUUUCCCAUGGCUGAGUGGAUGAUGUAUCGUUAUACUGGCGGAAAUGCCAACGGCACCCCCAUACGCCCACCUGUCGAAGCAAAGCAAUGGGACCUGACCCAAACUGACGCCCUCGGACGAACCAUAUCGGUGUCGACUGUUGCCUCGGCCGCCCCCACCUCGUUGGGAGUCCCCAUGGACACCUCACGCGGCUCUAUAUCGAGCGCCUCCACCGCUCAGAGCGCCCGCGUUGACGAUGCUGGCCAUCUAGCGAAUCCCUUUGUACUCCGUCACGGCCGCCGCUAUCUCCGGGACCUGCCUUACCCGCUGCCCUGCGAUCUGCCCGAGCUGCAACGCCAAAAUCUCCACACCCUCCUGGCAACCUCUGUGCUGGGUUGCGCUUUGAGCUCCACCCCGAAAGCAUCGCGGCCGCCCAAAAAGGUCCUGGAGCUUGCCUGCGGUACUGGAUACUGGUCAUCCAUGUGCCACAGCUAUUUGGCUAGCUUGGGCUAUGAGAAUGUCUCAUUCACUGGCUUGGAUAUUGCUCCUAUAGCUUCAGACCUCAGAAAGCAAGGCAUAGAUUGGAAAUUCGUUCAGCAUGAUCUCCGAAAAAUACCACUGCCAUUCGAUGAUGGAGAAUUCGAUAUUGUGGUUAUGAAGGACAUGAGUAUGGUGGUGACUAUGGGCAGUGCUUCGCAGCGACUCCUGGACGAAGCUACGCGCAUAUUGAAGUCGGGUGGUACGUUUGAAAUUUGGGAGGCAGAUCACAUUAUACGGUCCAUUUUACCCCAUCCGCCCCCACCGCCAGGAAAGAAUCCAAACGAAUACGCUUGCGCAGUCUCCACAGGCACAUUUCUCAUCUCCCCCGGAACACCCUUCACAGAAGUCCACAACAAGUUCCUCAAAAUUUCAAAUGGAUGGAUACAAGAAGCUUUGGACAAACUGAAGCUCGAGACUACGCCUUGCGCGCGUGUUUCGCAGAUGUUACUCCAGGAAACAGAAACCCUGCGAGAUGUAGAAAAUCGCAGAGUGGCCAUUCCGCUUGGUGAACUGCGUUGGGAGCGCGAGGCCGCGGCAGGUAAAGAUCCUGCAAAGCGCCGCACGAGCGAAGUAUCCCGAGGCAAGAAAGGGAGCCAUUCCGUGGAUAGCUCGACUCUCACGGAGGAACAGGCAGCCUUGCGAUAUACGGCACUGCUUGUCGUUAUUCAGAUGAUUGAAAGCUUAGAGCCUCUACUGAAGGAGGUCAGCGGGAAGUCACAAGAAGAGUGGCAACGAUGGUGGGGAAACAUGAUGUCUGAUCUGCUGGAGCAGAGAGGCGCCAGCAGCGGAGAGUGUUUGGAAAUUGGAGUUUGGUGGUGUCAAAAGGUGUGA